AUGAAAAACAAUCAGUUCGCUUUGAUUCUAUUGGUAUUCUUAUUAUUAGUAUGGCAUUCAGCUGCCAUUGCGAAUAUUGGUGCUAUUUACUGCAUGCAAGAAGUGAAUAACAAAGUAGUCGAUGCUUGUCGUAAUAUAGAUCUCAAUGGAGACGGGUUUGAUGAUAUCCUUAUAACUUCUGGCAUACCAAAUGGUAAAGCUUAUGCUGAAUUAAUUAAUUUGAAAGGCAAUGGAUUUUGCGUAAAACGUCAAAUUUUUGCUUACAAUUUAAUAAAUGAUAUUCCUCCAUGUUAA